AUGGGUCGACCCACGCGGAUCGCGCUGAGCGUCCUUGCGGUUUGGACGGUGUUGUCGCCGCGCUGCUCGGCAUCCUUGCGGUUGUCCGGGGCCUGGCAGGACCGCCCGGAGCGACGGUCACCCUUGCCCUUGGGCGACGGAGCAGAGAGCGCCAGAGCGACGUGGGCUCGGAAGGCUCCGGCGGUGCUUCAGACGGAGGAGAUCGUGCAAGAGUUCUUCCAGAGAGGCCGCAGGAAUCAAUCGAGCGGCUGGCGGCCACCGCGUUUCCAAGUGGCUUCCUCUGUGCUGGUCUCGGCAGGUCUUUACGCCGCGCUGCUGCGAAGAUUUCUGCGACAGAGGCCCUUUGGACGGUCUGUGAUCUUGGUGCCACGGCUGAGUCGAGCCAGGGAGAUCUGCAGUGUUUUGCAGGAGCAGAACCUGAGGCCUCUCUUGAUCUCGCAUGAGACACCGUGCUCCUUCAAUGCCUCGGAUCAAGUUCUUGUAUGCAUGCAUCAGAGUAGCGACCACCUUGCAGGAUUUCACUUUGAUGUAAAAAUCUACGACGAGGCUGAGUCCUUGCAACGGCCCACGAAGACCACGAACAAGCUGAAAAACAUCCCUGCAAAAUUUGUCGGUGAGUUCUCCUUCACAUUUGGUUCAGCAAAGGUAGACUACAAGUAUUCUGUUCAGAAUGCUUGGUUUGAAGGCCAUCUUUCCCCAGUUCAAUGCUUUGCUUUGCCUCUGGCUGCAGAUAGUGAUCAGCGAUUGACUUGGUUGGCUCAUUUCAUUCAACAGCAGCAACAGAAUUGGUCGCCAAUGCUUGUCUUAUUCUACCAAACGGCUGCAGCCAGAGAUUUCGCGCAACGUUUGCAAAGCUUGGGUGUGUCAGCAGAGGCUUGCCUUCCUUCCACCAAGCGCAAGGGGGAGGGCUCACUCUCCAACGAACGAGCGCGAGCUGACGUGAUGUGCUUGGCCAAAGGCCGUGCGGCGGACUUUGCCCUCACGGGGCUGAACACGGUGAUUUUGGCGGAACCCACGCGCCGGCCCAGGUCCUUAUGCUAUAUGCAAAGGAUGAUGCAAGCCCAGGUUGGCCGCUUCAUGCCCAUGAAGCUCAUUGAGGUCAUGGAUGGAAGGAGUAGAGCCAAGAUGACGGCCUACCAUGCUCACUUCUCGCAUACUGUGGGCUGGGGCAUCGUGGAUACUGUGGUGGACGCGGACACGGGGGUUCCCAGAAUCGGUGGAGGGCCGCAGCUCUUGGAUCUCUGUGGACGUCGCUUUCCCCCUUCGCCUUUGAACCUGCAGCACUUGCUGAAGUCACAGGUCGCCCCUCAGGUACGAAGCUGGCUCCAGGAGCUGCAUGCUUGGUUGCAGGAGCACCAGCGGAAGCCUCGCCAGUCAGGAGGUUUGGUGGAAAGACUGCAAGAAGCUAGGUUGCGAAGGGCCUACCACCACUUGCGUGAGAAUGUGCUGAAUGAAGAAGAGAUCAAGGUCUUGGCUGCGUGCGCAGACUUGUUGGACAGUGAGGUGCGAGGCUGGAUAGAGAGUUUGGCUCGCUGGGUAGAGGAUGGAAGCAAGCUUCCGCAGCAGCAGAGUGAAGAUGUGGAAGAGAGGAGGCAAGCGAUUCGGUGGAUUGCAGCUCAAAGAUGCUUGCAGUUGGGAAAGCUCACAGCAGCAGAGCGACGGCUUAUGGAGCAAGUGCAAGUGCAAAAAAUGCGCCAAUGGAUUGAAGACCUGUGUGCCUGGAUGCGAGCUUUUGGCAGGAAACCCCGGCAACGAUCUGAAGAUGCAGAGGAGAGGAGCCGAGCGAAUCAGUGGAAGAAAGUGCAAAGAUACUUGCGUUUGGGAAAACUCACAGAAUCUGACCAGCAACUACUCGAAAGAUGUGCUGAGCAAGUGCAAGUUGCUCACGAACCUGUUCGCCUAUGGAUCCAAGAGUUGUGUGCUUGGGUCGAAGAAGCAGGCCGAAAACCGCUGCGCAUGUCUGCAGAUGCAAAUGAAAGGUCGCAGGCACUGCGUUGGAACAACGCGCGGAGAUACUUGAGCUUGGGAAAGCUGACAGAAGCUGAACAGCAACUGUUGGAAAGAUGCGCUGAGCAAGUGGAGCAUGAAUCUGUGCGUGAGUGGAUCCGAGAUUUGUGCACCUGGGUGGAGGAAGCAGGCAGGAAGCCUCGAUCCAGUUCCGAAGAUGCAGAGGAGAGGACCCGGGCGGGUCAAUGGAAAGCAGCACAAAGAUACUUGCGCUUGGGAAAGCUCACAGAAUCUGAGCAGCAACUACUCGAAAGAUGUGCUGAGCAAGUGCAAGUUGCUCACGAACCUGUUCGCCUGUGGAUCGAAGAGUUGUGUGCUUGGGUCAAUGAAGCAGGUCGAAAACCGCUGCGCAUGUCUGGAGAUGCAACAGAAAGGUCCCAGGGUCGGCGUUGGUACGAGGUGCAGAGACUUCGGCCCUUGGGAAAGCUCCGCGAAGCAGAGAGGGAUCUGUUGGAGAGCUGCAUGCCAACAGACUGA